GCCUCAGCCUCUAAGCGCCGUGGAAACACCUGGAUGUGCCAUGCGAGACGUCAAGCUGGUUCGGGCCUUUUCUGAUGUUUUGCUUGAUGUGGGAUAUGUAGAUAAGGAAGAUGUAGACACAGAAGAUAAUACUAACCUGGACUUGUGCAUCGACUAUGAGAAGGACAUCUACAAGUAUCUGGGAGAACUUGAGAAAAAUCAAACUAUCAGACCCAAAUACCUGGCUGGUUGGGAAAUUGAUGUGAAUAUGCAUGCCUUACUAGUAGACUGGCUUCUGCAAAUACAGAUAAAAUGCAUGCUCCUUCAGGAAACCUUGUACAUGACAGUUGCUAUCAUUGAUCGAUUCCUGCAGGACAAUGAUGUUGCCAAGAAAACAUUGCCUGGUGUCUCAGCUGUGUUAAUUGCCAGCAAGUACGAAGAGGUUUAUCCCAUGAGUAUUGGAGACUUUUUGUGUAUAACUGGUGGCACUUACACAAAGUUCUAAGUCCACCAUAUGGAGAGGAAGAUCCUGAAAGCCCUGGACUUCUGCCUGGGUUGUCCCCUCCCUCCACACUUCCUAAGGAGGAUUGCAAAAAUAGCAAAGGUGAAAUUCAGAGAGUAUUCUCUGGCCAAGUACCUGAUGGAGUUGUGCAUUAUGGACUAUGAUAUGGUUUACUUCCCUUCAUCCAAAAUUGCAGCGGCUGCUGCCUGUUUGACUCUGAAACUCCUUAAGGGAUGCAAGUGGACACCAACUCUGCAGCACUGCACGUCUUACACUGACAGCAACCUUCUCCCAGUUAUGCAGCACAUAGCAAAGAACAUUAUUAUUGUGAAUGAGGGCAGUACCCAUUAUAAAGCAAUCAAGAAUAAAUAUGCCAUGAGCACAAAUUACAAGAUAAGCACUGCCGAAGAGCUGAAUUCUUCCAUUAUCUGGGAUCUAGCUCUACCUGUAAUUAAAUAUUGAUAACUCCUAUCUGAACUCAUGCAGAACCUUGGCACUGUGUGUAACUCUGUGUAUAAUGUAUACUAUUUCUGUGUUUUGGGCUUUGAAUAAAACAUAUCU